AUGCGUUCGCUGCCUAAGGUACUAUUUGGUGUGGUGGUUGCGGUUUUGGUUUCUUCACCGCAGUUAACGGCUGCGCAAGAGUUGCAAUGUGAUCUUUCUAGAAGCCUGCGUAGGGAAAUUCAGAGCUAUCAACCGGUGGUUGAUCGUAUAUUCGAGCAAAUAGUUUCGGGUGAGUUUGCUGGCAAAACGUGGGACAGUUUGCGCGAGUUUACGGAUGCAUUCGGACCGCGGCUGACCGGCAGCAAGCAGCUGGAAGAUGCGAUCGACUUUGCAGUGGCACGUAUGAAGGAUGAGGGGCUCGAAAAUGUGCACACCGAGGAAGCUAUUGUACCGCAUUGGGUUCGAGGUCGCGAAUGGGCCGAGUUGGUUGCGCCAAUUCGUAAGGAUCUGCCCAUGCUGGGUCUUGGCCUUUCCGUUGGUACUCCUCCCGAGGGCAUCGUGGCGGAGGUGAUUGCAGUGGAAACGUUCGAAGAGUUCGAAAAACUUCCGAAUCGCUAUGUGCGUGGAAAGAUUGUUGUAUUUGCCCCAGAAUGGACAGGCUAUGGGCCUACGGGACGCUACCGGUACGAGUCUGCUUCAACGGCCGCCAAAAAGGGAGCAGCAGCCGUACUUAUCCGAUCGAUGACCCCGUUUUCCAUCGGAACACCACACACUGGAGCGCUCCGAUACGAGGAGGGUGUUAGAAAGAUACCAGCGGCCGCUAUCACCGUGGAGGAUGCCAUGUUCCUGUUGCGUAAAUAUCGUCGUGGCGAUCGUAUGUCGAUUCAUCUCAAAAUGGAUGCAACCAAUUUGGAUCCAACGAUUUCGCGAAAUGCCGUUGGUGAACUGCAGGGUUCGGUGUACAAGAAUACCUCGGUUGUGGUCGUUUCCGGUCACAUGGACAGCUGGGACGUGGGAACUGGCGCCUCGGAUGAUGCUGGAGGUGUAUUCAUUUCAUGGAAAGCCAUCACCUUCCUGAAGGCGAUGGGAUUACGUCCAAGGCGUACGAUAAGAGCAGUGUACUGGACGGCCGAGGAGCAAGGAUUGGUGGGAGUGGGUGCUUACGAGCGUCAGCAUGCGACGGAGGAAAAGGAAGAGUUUAACGUAUUUUUCGAAUCGGACUCUGGUACGUUCGAACCGUUGGGACUAGAUUUUUCCGGCAACAGCGAAGCUCAAUGCAUUUUUGCAGAAAUUGCAAAGCUUAUGAAGGGGUUUGAGCAAUUUACGUACACUACCGGCGUUGUCAGCUCCGACAUUGGGAAUUGGCUGGAACGCGGUUUCCCGGGCGUUUCACUCCGUAACAAAAAUGAAAACUAUUUCUGGUACCAUCACAGCCACGGCGAUACCAUAGAGCUAGAGAAUCCGGCGGAUUUGGAUAGAAGCACCGCAUUAUGGGCAGCUACGGCCUAUGUUAUCGCCGAUUUGAGCAUCGAUAUUCCGAAGGAUGUAACCGAUUACACUGAUUGAGAACUUUGCAGCUGAUAAUAUCGUCGUUUCAAUAAAUUAAUAAUAGACCAUUUGAAAAAUGUACGUACAUAUAAAUUAUGUUCUUGCCUUAGGCAGGUAUGCAAUACGAGCGUGGC